CUGAAGCCCCUGCUGCUGUUUUCUUUUGCUUCCUUUUGCAGAACCCCUGCUGUGCAGCGACUGAUUGAAAAUGUCAGAAGGCUCCAAGGUUUUUAAGAAGACCAGCCCCAAUGGGAAGUUAUCCAUCUACUUGGGAAAGAGGGAUUUCGUGGACCAUGUAGAUUCUGUGGAACCUGUAGAUGGUGUUGUUGUGAUUGAUCCAGAGUAUCUGAAGGAUAGAAAAGUGUAUGUGACCCUGACUUGUGCAUUCCGCUAUGGCCGAGACGACCUGGAUGUCAUUGGCUUGACCUUCAGGAAGGACCUCUAUGUCCUGACCACUCAGAUUUAUCCUCCUGUGCCAGAACAGACACCAACUUCCCUCACUCCUUUGCAGGAAAAGCUGCUGAAGAAGCUGGGCGAGCACGCUUACCCCUUCACUUUUGAGAUGGCGACCAACUUGCCCUGUUCAGUCACUCUCCAGCCAGGACCAGAUGACGUUGGAAAGGCUUGUGGUGUGGACUUUGAGGUCAAAGGAUUUUGUGCUGAAAAUCUGGAGGAGAAAAUUCACAAGAGGAAUUCAGUGCGACUGGUGAUCCGAAAGGUCCAGUUUGCCCCAGUAAAUACGGGCCCAGCACCAAAGUCAGAGACCACCAGGCAAUUCAUGAUGUCUGACAAGCCCCUACACCUCGAGGCCUCCUUGGAUAAGGAGAUCUAUUACCACGGAGACCCAAUCACUGUCAAUAUUAAUAUCAACAACACCACCAACAAGAUUGUGAAGAAAAUUAAAAUAUCAGUCGAGCAGAUCACGGAUGUGGUUCUCUAUUCGCUGGACAAAUAUAUGAAGAACGUGUGCACAGAAGAGAUAAUUGAGACUGUGGCUGCCAAUUCCACAUUCUCCAAAAGCUACACAGUGACUCCCAGCCUAUCGUCCAACCGUGAGAAGCGUGGCCUGGCACUUGAUGGCAAACUCAAACAUGAGGACACCAACCUGGCCUCCACCACCAUGCUGAGACCUGGGAUGGACAAGGAGGUAUUGGGGAUCCUGGUAUCCUACAAAGUGAAGGUCAACCUGUUGGUAUCCAGAGGAGGCAUCCUGGGAGAUCUCACUUCAAGUGAUGUUGGUGUUGAGCUACCUCUUAUUCUGAUGCACCCAAAGCCCACUGAUGACAAGCCAAGUGAGGAGGACAUUGUGAUUGAGGAAUUUGCUCGCCAAAAACUCCAGGGGGAGAAAGAUGACGAAGAUGAGAAGGAGGAAGCUGACAAAGACGAAAGCUAAUCUGCUGCCCUGCCCAGCCCAGCCAAAACAUGCAGUAGUGACCACUCUAGUGCACAUAGAUUUUUUAGAGCAGUCCCUGAUGUACCAAUCUUAUAUGUGUGGUGUGAUACAAUCAUCAUUUGUUAGCAACUGUAACUAUGUGAAUGCUGUCAA